AUGGCUGCAAUCGCAGCGGCGUCGAUAGCUGCCACGGCGGCCGGUCUCACGUACCUCGACGGGAAAUGCAACCUGCGGCAGGAUUGGCAGACCAUCCGCUCAAAAAGUAAGGGUGCAAAGCAACUUCAGAAAGCAAUCCAAGAAAAACGUCUCUCAUCCUAUUAUUUCUUCGAGAAGCAUGCGCAGUCCCAACCCGGCAAGGAGUGCAUCUGGUCGCGCCAGGGUAGCUAUACUUAUGCCGAGACAUAUUAUCGAGCAAACCAAUAUGCGCAAUGGUUCCUACGCGACGGUGGCGUCAAGCCUGGGGACCUAGUGGCAUUCUUUAUGGCUAAUAGCCCGGAUUUCGUUUUCGCUUGGAUGGGGUUAUUAGCCAUCGGCGCCGCCCCUGCUCUCAUCAACCACAACCUGACCAAACAAGCUCUGCUGCACUGUCUGGGCAUCGCCGAGGCCAAACUCGUCUUCGCCGAUGGGGCCCCUCAGUUGCUAGAGCGCCUUGACGCUGUUCAGGAUGAGUUGGCUUCUCGGGACGUGCAUAUCGUCAAGCUCGCCGAUGUUCGGCACGCGAUCAACGGUACGAAGGGUGAGCGGCCACCAGACGACAUACGCGACAACAAUGUCCGGCCAGACUCGGCGUUCGGCCUAUUCUACACAAGCGGUACAACUGGCCUGCCAAAGGCCUGUGUUCUCCCUGCGGCGGCCGGUUUCGGGUACGGCUCAAGCAAAGAGUGCGGCUUCUCGUAUGUCGCGGGCGAAAACCAGCGCUACUACGAUUGCAUGCCGCUCUACCACGGCACGGGUGGGAUCAGCGGUAUGACCCAACUCCUAACGGGCCAGACGUUGUGCAUCGCGCCCAAGUUUAGCGCCUCUGGCUUUUGGGAUGACAUCAGGGAGAGCCGGGCCACCUGGUUCGUCUACGUGGGCGAGACUCUGCGGUACCUCCUGGCAGCACCGCCCUCGCCACGCGACAAAGACCACUGCGUACACUCCAUCUACGGCAACGGCCUGCGACCCGACGUCUGGAAAGCGUUCCGGGAUCGCUUCGGCAUCGAGACGAUCCACGAGUUCUUCAACUCGACCGAAGGUAUCAUGCCCCUAGACAACCCCGCGCGCGGCGAUUUUCGUGCUCACGCGGUGGGCCACCACGGCUUUCUGCAACGGUGGCGUUUCCAUAACGUCUUCGUGCCGGUCGAGAUCGACGUCGACACCGGUGAUAUCGCACGGGACCCCAAGACCGGCUUCGCGCGACGGGUACCUUAUUCCGUCGGCGGCGAGAUUCUCGUCACCCAACCACCCACUAUCACCCCUGGCUUCCCUGGGUACUACCGGAACGAAGAGGCUACUUCCAAGAAGUACGUGCGCGAUGUAUUUCACAAGGGGGACUUAUACUACCGGACAGGCGAUGCGCUACGGCGCGAUGACGACGGACGCUGGUUCUUCCUCGACAGGUUGGGCGACACAUUCCGAUGGAAGGGCGAGAACGUGUCGACGGCCGAGGUAUCAGAGGUGCUAGGACGCUACCCAGGUGUAGGCGAAGCGACGGUAUAUGGUGUAUCGCUGCCGAACCAUGAUGGCAAGGCCGGCAUGGCCGCUAUCUAUGUCGAUCCGACCGCCAAGAACUUUGAUUAUCAAGGCCUACUGAAGCACGCUCGAACUCACCUCCCCAAGUACGCCGUCCCUAUUUUCAUCCGCCGCAUCGCCGCUCGCUCUGCCACCCACAAUAACAAGCAGGACAAGGUUCCGCUCAAACGCGCUGGCGUGGAUCCAGCUCAAACUGGACCCGAUCCCGUCCUUUGGGUCGCCGACCAUGCCAAGGGCGACGUCUACGUCCCCUUUACCCAGAAUGACUGGGAAGCGCUCAAGGGCGGGCGUGCGAAGUUGUGA